CAAAUUCCAGAAGGAUAUAUUAAGGAAAAAAGACGAAAUUUUGGGCAGAUUAUCUGCGCUGAUUUGCUCGUUGAACGAUCCCUCGUCAAUAAACCAAUCAAGGGUACAACGAUCCAAAUUAGAAAACAAUACAUAAAUGGCAUAAAAAUUGUCUCUUUCCGUCCGGAAUCCUCAAUCUUGCCGUAGCGACAACGGAAACGGAAGUACCGUAAUCCAGCGAAUCGCCGUUCCGUCGCUCCCGGGCAGGUCGGAUUCGCGGCCUCCAUCGCGUAUGAUGGGCGCGCCGAUGCCCCCGUGCGUCUGAUCAGGAUCCAGAAAGCUGCGCCAAUUCCUCAAUUGAGUUCCGUCUCUCGCCCUCUCCCGCUCUCUCUCUCUCUCGGCUGGAACGAUGGGGGGCAUGGUGAGGAGCUGCAUGCAAUCGGUUCUGAAGCUGGUGAACUCCGUGAUUGGAAUGGUCGGGAUCUCCAUGGUCCUGUACUCGGUCUGGAUGCUCAGGGUCUGGACGAGGCACAUGUCCGAUUUCGACCAUCCUGCUCAGCCCGCCCCUUGGUUCAUUUAUACUUUUCUUUGUCUUGGAGUUACUUUGUGUGUGAUCACAUGCUCUGGGCACAUAGCUGCAGAAACUGCAAAUGGCUGUUGCCUUUACCUGUAUAUGCUUUUCAUCUUUUUACUUCUCAUUCUGGAAGCUGCAGUGACUGUAGACGUCUUUCUGAAUCGUGAGUGGGAAGAGGACUUUCCAGAAGAUCUUACUGGGAACCUUAGUCUCUUGAAAGAGUUUGUCAGGUCAAACUUCGAGAUGUGCAAAUGGAUAGGCUUGUCAAUUGUAUCUAUCCAGGGACUAUGCAUCCUACUGGCAAUGGUACUUAAAGUUCUUGGGCCACAUCAAAACUAUGACAGUGACGAUGAAUUCUCAACCGACAGAGUUCCUUUGUUGAAAAAUGCUACGGUCCCACCACCUUAUGCUGUUGCAGACCCUGCUUAUGGAUCCAAAAGUGAUGGAUGGAGUAUAAGAAUCAAUGAAAAGACGAGAAGGUGAUUAAACGAAUUCAAUGUGGUGCCAGCUGUUGACUGAUGGAUGUGAAGUUGCCUCUGGUAGUCGAUGGCAUGAGUUCACCCACUCCGUGGUUCAGCAACAUUGAAGUGAUGCAGUUUGACAUGCAUCGCUUUUAUUCUGGAGCAGGAUCCCAGGUGCAUCAACUUUUGAUCAGCAAAUUUGUGUAAGCAUUGUUUAUAAAGUGGUGUUUGAUUAGAACACUGGAAUUGAUCCUGAUCUGGGUCUAGCUAAACAUAGUAUUCACUGAUCAAUAAGGCAGUCCUCUCCUUCCUUGUGCC